UAAAUAUUUAAAUAGGCCUAGUGGGGGUUCUACUUCUGGCCCAAGUUGUCAUUCGCCAAAAUCCCAAACACCUCUCCUCCUUACUCUUUUUUUGGGCCACUCCGAAGUCGCUCUUUCAUUCAAAAGCAUCCCAAGUUUGUCAGUGAUCUUUGUCGCAAUUUCAAGUGUGAUAUCAAAUGUCUCGGAGGUAUGAUAGCCGCACGACGAUCUUCUCCCCUGAAGGUCGUCUCUACCAAGUUGAGUAUGCAAUGGAGGCCAUUGGAAAUGCCGGAACUGCAAUUGGGAUUUUAUCAAAGGAUGGAGUUGUCUUGAUUGGUGAAAAGAAGGUCACUUCCAAACUCCUUCAAACCUCAACAUCAACUGAGAAGAUGUAUAAGAUUGAUGACCAUGUAUCAUGUGCUGUCGCUGGAAUAAUGUCGGAUGCCAAUAUCCUAAUCAACACAGCUAGAGUCCAAGCCCAACGUUACACUUAUGCUUACCAAGAACCAAUGCCUGUUGAACAGCUUGUCCAAUCUCUCUGUGAUACCAAACAAGGCUACACACAAUUUGGUGGGCUCCGUCCAUUUGGUGUUUCAUUUCUGUUUGCCGGCUGGGACAAAAAUUUUGGCUUCCAGCUUUACAUGAGUGACCCAAGUGGAAACUAUGGUGGUUGGAAAGCUGCAGCAAUUGGAGCAAACAACCAGGCAGCUCAAUCAAUGCUUAAGCAGGAUUACAAGGAUGAAAUCACAAGAGAAGAAGCAGUUGAGCUAGCACUGAAAGUGCUCAGCAAGACAAUGGACAGCACAAGUCUCACCUCAGAUAAGCUGGAAUUGGCUGAGGUAUUCCUCUUGCCUUCAGGAAAUGUCAAGUACCAGGUUCGCUCACCAGAGUCCCUGAGCAAGCUCUUAGUGAAGUUGGGAAUGACCCAACCUGCUGCCGAGGCCUCCUAAUCUUUUCUGGUUUUGUUUAAAUAUGAGUUCUGGGACUAAUGGGCUCAUGUUUCUGUUUCAAAUUGUAUGCUUCAUUGCAAAUAAAUUUGCAAAACCAGAUUAUGGAUUUUAUUUCUUGCACAA